AUUUCCCUUUCGCAUUUUUUGUUUGGUAUUAGUUAAAGAGUUAUUCCAUCUUCGCCUACCCAUCCAUUUUCUUCAAGGACACUGGUUUUCAUCUCUUCCUUCCCCAUCGCUUUCAUCCUCUCAAACCUCCAUUUUCCCACCAGAUCAAAAAUCAAAUCGCUUCUGAAUCGUCCUUAGGCAUCCACUACAAUUAAAUCGACAUAAAAAGGGGAUCAUUUCUUCGUUGGCAUCGUUUGAUUUGGUUAUUCCCCAAUUUGUUAGGGUUUUUCUGAGUUAUCGAAGCCUAAAUCGAUAAAUCCUUGUUGGUUCACCUUUGUUCUACGAUAAAGAUCAUCGGACGACGUGUUUUUGGUUUUGGUUUGAGUUUGGGUUUCGGCUCCGUUUUGGUAUCUCCAUUACGACUAAAAAGAGAUCCAAAAUCAAUCUUUUUUUAUCUUAGUUCGUCGAAAAUCAUCGCAUUCUUGAUUCGGUUUAUUGAUUUUUUGGUAAGAUUGAAGGAGUUGUAACUUAGGGUUUUACACAAGAUGUUGGGAGCUGGAUUGCAGUUUGGAAGGAGUCGUGGCGGAGAGGAUAGGUUUUACAAUCCGGCGAAAGCAAGAAGGAAUCGUCAAAACCAGGAUAAUCUCCGUCGAGCUCAAAGUGACGUCACUCCAACCCAAUCCACGGCGUCGUCCGGCACCGAGGAGCCUGAGAACCGAGCUGUAAAGCCAUCGAAGCCGAUACCAUUAGAACCUCCGAUGCUUUCAUCGUUGUGUAACCUGGAACGGUUUUUGGAAUCGAUUACACCUUUUGUUCCUGCUCAGUAUCCCUCCAAGAGAGAUGUGAGAGGGUGGAGGACACAAGACGAAUGUCAACCAUACUUUGUUCUUGGUGAUUUGUGGGAAUCUUUUAAGGAAUGGAGUGCUUAUGGGGCUGGAGUUCCUUUGAUAUUGAAUGACAGUGAUAGUGUGGUCCAAUACUACGUGCCUUAUUUGUCUGGAAUUCAAUUAUACAGCGACCCUUUGAAAUCUUCAACAAAAUCAAGGCAACACAUUGAGGAAAGUUUUUCUAGUGAUGAUAAUGAAUCUCCAACACCUCAAAAUUGCCUCUCCUUUGAAUACCUUGAACGCAAUCAACCAUGGGGUCGUGAGCCUUUGACCGAUAAGAUUCUUGAUCUUGCACGCAAAUUCCCCGAAUUGAAAAACAUGAAAAGUUGCGAUUUGUUACCUUCUAGUUGGUUAUCGGUUGCAUGGUAUCCAAUUUAUAGAAUUCCAAUGGGGCCCACAUUGAAAGAUCUCGAUGCUUGUUUUCUAACUUUUCAUAAUCUCCAUACACCCAUGACAGGAAACGAGUGUGGGGAAACAGAUGGCUUUCCAAAAAUGUCCCUACCAGUGUUUGGUUUAGCUUCAUACAAGUUAAAAAGCACCAUUGUGGAUCAACAAUGAACAGCUGUUAUUGACUUCUCUUUUACAGAAAGCUGACACGUGGCUAGCUAGCCUUCAUGUCAAUCACCCAGAUUUUCUUUUCUUUUCCCGUAGAUGAUGAUGAUGGUGUUAUUUACAAAUCUGCCAUAACUCUUGAUUAGUGUGUUUGUUGUGACUCUGCAAUAUGAGGUGAUUUAGAUAGAAAAAAAUAUAUUUAAAGUUUUUUGGGUUUCUAAUUUAUUAUUAUAAAUUAUGAGUGUAAGUGAGAGAGUAAGAGAGGUAAGUAAAGUAAGUAGCAGGCUGUAUUUUUUCUGUCCUGAUGAUGUGUGUUUUAAAGAAGUUUGUAAUAUUAAUAUGUACACUUAGAUUUAAUAGAAGAUUAGUGGUAGUGUUUUGAGGUUAGUGAGCUUUAUUUUUAUAUGGAUUUGAUGAUAUCUAUGUUUGUGAUUUAUAAAAAAUAGGAAGUGA